GAAAAUGAAAGCAAAACAUAUACUGUGCAUUCCACAGGUAAGAAAUUACAAAACAAUUGAAACUUUAAAAUAUUUAUUAAUAUUCAAUUUAUUUACAUUUCAAUAGUAAACACUACUAUGACAAUGGGUACAUAUUCAUAAUGACAAAAUGAAAAAGCCUAUUUUCAUUAAUACAGGUUUUCCUGAAAAAAGAUGAAAGACAUCUUAAGUGGGAAAAUGUAGUUUAAGAGAGCAAUAAAUGAUGGGCAACAGUGGAGGGCAAAACGCCACAGCUACAUUUGUAGUAAUCAUUUCGAUGCAUGUGACUACACUCAGGGGUCGAUCCAGCAAGGUUUUUCUAGGGGGUGCUGGGUAAGCAGCCGAGUGUUCCUUUAUAAUUCUUUAGGGGGUGGUGGGAGAGCAUUCAAAUAAAUUGGCUUCCUAAUGACUUGAGCGCCGAAGGCGCAAGCUCCCUAGGGGGUCCAGGGGUAUCCUGUGAUAUGGGCAUUGAAUGAUGAGCUUCAGUAUGACUUUAAAAAAGGAAAAACCUUGGAAAUUGUGCCAUAUUUCCAAAUUUGAUUUUUUUGCACCCCUGUUGACCAAGGUCAACAGGGGUCACACCCUUGUGCACCCCCCUAUAAAUCCACCCCUGACUACUGUCUACACCAUCCUCAACAGGGUCGUGCAGGCUAAAAAAAAAUGCUGUACCAUCAGUAUUCAAAUUGGAAUUCAAACUGCAAAGCAUACCAAAAGAGGCUAGAAGCCAACUGAAAAUGCCUGAAGGAAGCACCACCCAUCAAGGCCAUAAACAUCCAAUUAUGUCACAUGAACAUCUAUUGUCCAGGGUUGGUAGGUUUGCUGAAUAAUUAGGCCAAACACCAUCACACUAGGUCUUUGUGUUCUAAUAGUGCACUAGUGAAGAUUUGGCCUAAUUAUUCAUCUAACUUACCAACCCUGCUAUUGUUAACAACAAUAUCAUCACAUAAUACAGGAAGGUAUUAAUAGCAGAAGUGUAACUCAAGCAAAAAUCUGUCUGUGUUUUUUCAAUGCGCAUGAGCGAUAAGCCUGACAACACAGCUGACACCAAUAUUAUGCCAUCAUUUGCCAUCCUGGCAAGUACAACUGGCACUUUGUAUUUAUCAAAACUUCCGGCUGUUUUAGCCAGAAUGGCAUGGUGGAUUGGUGUGAGCAAGUUAAAAUUUCAGUGGACAAAAACAUCAAAGGCACCAACUCAAGAUACACUUCUGCUAUACAUUCCUAUUGUGUGAUAUCAUAAUCACUGCUAUGGAAAAUGGCAAAAACUAAUACAACAGACACCACUGCAGGCAAUCAAUAAUUCACUUCAAGAUGAAGAAAUUUCUAAAAAAACAAUUAAAACAUAAAAUUAAAAACUUACAGCAGCAAUUGCAAAGAUGUAAGAAGAAGAUAGGGAACAUGGCACAAUUUAUUGACAGACUGCAAGAAGAGUUCAUCAUAAAAUCGGUGUGAUAUAAAAUAGUCAUAAAAAUGUGUGAAAGUUUUGUCAUCUGGUCGAAAAUUAUGUCAUUGAAAUCAUGAGAAAAUAAUACUAUAUUAAGAUGUAUCACUUACUUAAUUAGUUAGUUUUAUUAAAAGCAGAUAUUUACUCUUUAUAAACUAUUUCUAUCACGUUUUCUUCAUGAGUCACGAGCGAUUCCUUUACUGUUUUACACUUUACAGUACGGGAAGCACUGCAGCGAGUCUGUCAUGCAGAAUUGAGAAUGGAAUACCCAGUACAUGACUACAUGACAGGCCUCGUUUAAACAAGUUGAUCUUGUUUAAAAACCAAUAGUUAUCAUGAAAAAAGUAAAAAUAAUACAAUACUUAUCUUGUAAUCAAUUAUUCGUCGACUGGAGUCCACAAAUAUAAUUGAAACUGAAGCAAUUCGUCGCUGUUGGAACGUUCGACUUUUUUUAUUGAAGUCACCAAUAUAUUUAAACGAUGCCGCUCGAUAUCCUUGUAAAAUAACGAUUGAUUGUAUCUUAUUACCAAGAAAUUUAUUUCGUAUUAUAGUUGCUGUCAAAAGAAUGCAGAUAUCUUAUAUAAUUGAAAUAAAAAACCCCAAAUUUGUCGGUCUUUCAAUAUAAAAUCAAAUCGCGCCAUUACCAUGCGUUCUCUGCCGACCAACACUUCGUGACAUAGCCACGCAAAAAACACGCAUAUAUUGGCCGCCAUCUUGGCUUCAGGCAAGUAUGGGCAUGUUUACUCGAGUUAUCGUUCCAGGUUAUUUACAGUUCACUGGGCAUGCCGUGCCUGUCGUCGGGAAGUUAAUAGUUAGGUCCCCAAGGAAGGGCCUUCGCCAAUCUCGUUCCCAGAGUAUGCCUGUUCGCGGGUUAUGUAGUGGCAUGCCGUGGCCGUCGUCGGGAAGUUAAUAGCGAGGUUUAGCAAAGACGACGCGACGUCAAAGACGACGCGACGUCAAAGACGACGUGAAAAUGGCGUAAAAUGGCGUGGGCACAUCCAUAGAUGGGCAUAUCACGCCAUUUUUACGCCAUUUUCACGUCGUCUUUGACGUCGCGUCGUCUUUGCUAAACCUCGCUAAUAGUUAGGUUCCCAAGGAAGUGCCUUCGCCAAUCUCGUUCCUAGAGUAUGCCGUUCGCGGAUUAUGUAGUGGCAUGCCACUACAUAACCCGCGAACAGGCAUACUCUGGGAACGAAAUUGGGCCUUUGUUCGAAACGUCGAAGUUGUCUUUGUAUUUUUCAAACUGGAAACACUCUCCUCUCAUGCACCAGGGUUAAAAUUAUGAUCAGGCAACUACGGCUAUGUUUGCAUUGUAUCGGAUUAGUUUUUUGCUUCGUUCGCGAAACGUUACGGCCCGAGUGUAAACAGCUUUCGUCCCCGCCCUUCUGUGCCGUCGUAUUUGCUUGUAUAUAUUUACCAAAUACAAAAAUAUUGCAGACAUCAUUUAAAAGAGUGAACAAGCGAUACCCACAAAUAAGAUAAGAAUAGGAAGUUUUUGUUUGCUAGACGCCAUCUUUAGUCACGCAUUGAACCGAAAAUUGCUCCGAUUGGUGUUUACAUUACAAUGAGAGCGCUAGCGGUGCAAAAACCAAUCCGCGCACCACUUCGAAGAGCGAACCGCCGCACCAUCGGUUCGUUGCAGAAAUUGGGAAGAUAAAAACAUUUCAUAUGUAAACAGCCCUAUCCGGUAUAGUUUUUGCAUCGGUGACCCGUUACAAUGUAAACAUGGCUUACAUGCAACAUCAGCAGUUCUAGCCGUGCAUUGGCCAGUUUAUUUUAAAGCAGCUUAAUAGAAUUUUGCUGAAAAGCCAUGGCGUAACAUGACGUACUAUUUUAGGUAGCAUCAUAUCUUCGAGAGCUUCGACAUCACAACGUCGUGCAAGAACUGUGGCUACAUCACGGGAGAGAAGACGAAGGAGAAGAACGACUCAAGGAAGUAGUCGAACUCCAGCACGGCGUUCAAGGAGAAAGAAGACAACAAAGAAAACAAAAUCCUCAGAUAAAGGUAAUUUAAGUUCGUUGUAGGUUUCAGUAAGUAUAACCGUGGGUUAUGCCUUAAAGCGACAUGGCAAUAUAAAUUAAGUUUGUCUUAUUUGAAAACAUUUAAAAUGAUAUAUAAACUUCCCUUACAAUUAUUCCGUAUCGUGCUUGGUUUUCGAUAAAUAAACUUAUUUUGAUCAAAAGCAGCGUGCACUCCGCCAUCCCGGAUAUUCAUUCGAUAUGCAUACGUCGCAAGUAGGGUAAAAAGCGAAAUUUUUAUCUUGCAAACCACAUGUCAUUAUCAAUAUGAAACUCGAUUUUCCGAAGUCUUUUUAAUACCCAAUGAACUCACAACAUUCUAAUUUAGUGUCACAUUGUGACGUCAUCAAAAACUCAGUUAAUUAGGUCAAUUAUUAUACCAAGAUGGCGGACUGCACACCAUUUUUGGUCAAAAUAUUUCGAAAACUAAGCAAGGUACGAAAAAGUUGUAAAGGGUCUUCAUAUAGAACUUUAAAAGUUCUUUCAAAUAAGACAAAGUUACUUUUUACUGCCAUAUCCCUUUAAGCCCCGAUCAAACGAGUAUUAGAAUCGACGAGAGUUGGCAGUUACGUAUUGUUACGUGGGACAUUUCAAGCUUAAUGGACAAUUCCCAUUAUAAACUAAUUUUAAAGCUAGGCAAGGAGAUGCAAAUAAAUCAUCACAGCUAAAAAGAGCAUACUAAAAUUAGUAAAAUUACAAAGUUUGGUUGCGAAAUGUUGUAAAAUGCGGAAAAUAUAGCCUUGCAAAGUUCGCGAAUUUUGUAUAAUUUUGUAUUGCGUGCGGAAAUUCCUACCACAUUCCUACCACAUUUCGGCCGAAAAUGGUAGCAAUUUCCGCACGCAAUACAAAAGUAUACAAAAUUUGCGAACUUUGCAAGGCUAUAUUUUCCGCAUUUUACAACAUUUCGCAACCAAAUUUUGUAAUUUUACUAAUUUUAGUAUGCUCUUUCUAGCUGUGGUGAUUUAUUUGCAUCUCCUUGCCUAGUUUUAAAAUUAGUUUAUAAUGGGAAUUGUCUAUUAACAAAAUAAAUGUUUGAUGAGUGUUCCAUCUGCGUUUUGACAUAGAUAAAUACAUGAUAGUAUUGAGAAAGCAUUAGCAACAGCUAACCAAGGUCGCGUGACUGCCUACCGUCAUACACUCUCAUCCUCACUUUGUGCUCAUCGAGUCUCCCAUACACCUCUUAUAUUGCAUGUGUACUUAUCUAUCCCCAGAAACCACCCUCGCCUGCGCAAGGCAGUCGCCGCCUACGGGCGAGGGGACAAUUUCUUCCGGGUAUUGGUGAGAAAUAUUACAAAGAAGAUUGGUUUUGACAUUUUGUAUGAAGUUUGAGUUGUUCCCACAGCUGGAAGUAGAAAAUUACUUGUAGGCAUCCCUGCACAUAGUUUCAGCGAUUCAAAUGUUGAAAGAACAUAACAUACUGGAUAUAAACUUGGCAACUGUAAUCAAUCUAUUUUCUACUAGUCUAAAUCUGUUUUAAAUGUUAAAUUAUCCGUUAGGCGCCAGUACCAUGACCUCGCAUGCUUCAAAACCGAAGAGAAGAAAACGUAAAAGGCGUAGAAAAUCAGCCAAGAAGAAAAAAAGGAAGAUAAAAAGUGAUGAAAAUGUGCAUCAAAGUACAACAAGAUAUCUUUUACCUCGUGAGAUGGAACCAACAGCAACAUUUUCUUUAUUUGGAAGUGAUUUUGAUCUGGAGUAUCUACCUGUAAUUGAAACACCAGCCAGUGCCGUUACGUCACAACAGUCUUCGCCACCAAAGUUAGUCAGUAACUUAUUUGAUUCUUCUCAAGAAAAAUGUUUUUGUAAUUUUCCGCUAUCAUUGAGCAGCUUCCCUUACACGGGUGUCAAUAUAGGUGUACUAAAGUAGUACCCCCCCCCCCCCGUCUUUUUAUCCUCUGUCCAAAGGUUGAGGUCUCGGUGGGGUUUUUGGAUUAUUGAGCAUACUAGGUUGUCUCUAAGCAACAGCAGGCAGAGGGUGAUUGUUUGGUCUCCUUUGCGGGUACAUUGCAUGGUAGAAUAUUUUUGGGUAGUGUUCCACACUGCUUCCAAGGACUUUAUUAAGAACAGAUCGUUCUUAAAUUUCCUAUCUGUUCCUAUAACAAAGUUAUCCGUUGUAUUUUAUAGGUCCUCCACAACCGCCAAUCCAGACGUAUUAGGUUCUAUAUUUACUGGACUAAACACUCUACACAGCGAUUCCCUUUCAGUUGAUAACAAGGGCAGACUAAGAAAUGAAGAAAAUAAAACAGCAAGUCAGUCCUUAACAAAGCCUAGAGUCCCAAAAACGUUUACACAAAUUACUUCUACAUCAUCACACAAGGAGGAAAACCCCGGCUUAUUAUCAGGUACAUAUAAAAAUAGAUUUGUUAAAAAGACUUUAAAAUUGUUUGGUUUGCAUCCAAAGUAAGGUUACAAUUUUUAUAUAAAAGAUUAAAGUUCUGUAAUCAAAAUUGCAAACUGAAGCCCCAGUUACACGAUACUGGAUUCGUUUGUCGCGACAUCGAAAUUAUCGGCUUCAGGAAUAAAUUGACACUUAAAAUCGGGAUAAUAUGACGAAAUAAAACGAAAACUGUUAAAUGGGGAAAUUUUGUAGAUAGACAUUACUCCUGUGUCGUUAAAAAUGAAUCUGGUAUCGUGUAACUAUUGAUAUAUAAUAAUUUAAGUUAUUAUAUAUCAAUAGUCAAAGUCGCAUUUUUCUAGUGUUUUAUUGGCUGAGAGUAUAUCACGUGAGAGUGACGAAAUUAGGCUGUCUCCCUCGCAACAGCGCGAGAGGGAGAUAAUACGUUAUCGACCGGCGAAUAACAAAAAAAAUCACGUGCGCCAUCACGUGAAGAUGCGACCUUUGGACAUGCCUAGUACGUAAUUAAAACUUUCGCUUUAAGUAACUGCAGUGUAUUUAACAAUAAAAUAUUUCAUGUAUUUACGUUAGUUGUUCUUUAAUUUGUUGUUUCUUUGACUAUUGAUAUAUAAUAAAACACUUAUUUACUGAGACCUCGGGAAAGCAGUGUGUUUUGUGGACCCUCGACCGUCGAUGUUUCCCUCGGCUUCGCCUCGGGAAACAUCGACGUCUCUGGUCCACAAAACAUACUGUUUCCCUCGGCCUCAGUAAAUAAGUGAUAAUUAUCCAAUGAAUAGGCACCUUGCACAAGUUUAACACUGAAUAGUUCCAUCCAGUUACAAUUCAGUGAUGUAAUGUUCCAUUGUCCUUUAAUUGUUUGAAUAAUCCCACCGUUCUCAACCAUGCAGUCAUUGUUUUCAUUUUACUAUUUAUGCAAAACAUAAUAAUAGAUCAUUUAGAAACAUAAUAAUUAUAGUAAGUAAUAGCAUGUUUUCUCGUGCUUUUUGGAAAACCAUUUCAAAGACCUCAAAAUUUGAUCGUUCUUGAAAAAUUCAUGAUCAGAAAUACAUAUUACUAUAUGAUUUAUGAUGAUGGCGUUACCUGUCAUUCACCUAUUUAUUUCUGAAUGCAAUUUGUUAAGGGUCUUUUCUUUGUAGGGAGUGCAUUUACUUGCUGUCCAAGAAAAAUGUUUGGUCGCUGCCCUAUUCAUGGAAAUGUGUAUAAACACGUGAACGAUCCAAGCACGGAACAGUGUAAUGAAAAUGAAACAGCCUCACGAAAGCUAAUGAAUGAGAAACGAUUAAAGCGAUUUGAUACUACUGCAAGUGCUUGCAGCUUUACCAGACCAGCGGCAGAUUGUGCGUCGUCUGUUAAAAACAGAAACAUCUCUCCAAAAUUUGAUCCAGAAAAGAUAGCGAAACUUGAACAUAAAGAAGACAAGUUAACAACUUCGACUUUUGCAUCUAAUAACUCGUCGCUACAAUCAUCUCAAGCUUCUCUUGCUUCGUAUAAAAUACCCAGGAAAAAUCCCACUUCAACAUCGAAUCUCACAGCUGCUAAAAGCAAGAGCAGGGUAACUUUUAAUUUUAUGUCCACUAACACCAAAUCUAAAUCACCUAUAAAAUCACCUGUAAAAAAUUCCGAAAGUAGAAUCGCACGCAGAAAGUUAAAAGUACCCGAUGUUCCUAAAAAAGGAUCUGGAAUUUUACAUCUGUUGCCACCUGGGGUAGGCAGGUCUCCGCUGAAACAAACUGGAGUAGUUGAUACGAAUAAACAACUUACGAACAAAAAUCCUAAUUCAAGGUCUAUCACACAAUCAACUGUCCCAAACACUUUGAAUGUCAGUACUGCAAACACAUCUUUGAAAAAAAAUCAAGUCCAUUCUGGAUAUGCAAGCAAAGAACGUUUGAGCAAGAUCGCUAACUCAAAGUCUACUUCAAGUUCGAAUGACCCCAAUGAGGGAAGCACUUGUCGAGAUUUUGCACCCAGGUAUUCAUCAGGCCACAGAGAACUUUCCAGCAAUCUGAAGGCUGACAGUAUUGCUAAUGUGAACGAUGAGAAUUCUUCGCACGAUUUAACACCUAGGUCUUCGUCAGGCCAAACUGCGCCCUUUGAACAUUCUCGUCCUGUCGCUGUCGUUCGUCCUACGAAAAUUGAUGAAAAUAGUAGUCAAGGAACUUCAAAUGAUCAAGAGGCUGCGAAAAGACGCAAGGAGGUAUGUAAUAAAUCAGUGGAUACAGGACAUAGGCUUCUCUAG